GUGGCCGCCAGGACUGAAGCAGCAGGGAUGACUCCCGAGGCGGCGGCGGAGGCGGCUCACUAGCCUGAGGGCCGCAAGUCUGGGAGGACCUGGCUGAACCUGGCAGGGCUGACAGGGCGCCGGCCCGGAGCACUCCGGAUGCCAGCUUAGCCAGAGCCUGGGAUCCCCAGGGCGCAGCAACUUGGUGGGCGAACACGGACAGAGCUCCGGACUAGACAGCACCCAGGCUGGCCGCUCCUUCCUGGAGCCCGGCUUUGGAAAUCUUGGUCCCAAGCUCAGAGGCAGCGAAGACUUCAGGCUAGCGGUUUGAACCAGCGUCACCGCUGUGGAGCAGGUGGAAUGAGUCUGAGGCUAGCAGAUGAACAAACAGCAGCUGAAUUAUCCCAGGACAGGCUCUUCCUUCUUGCUCCCUGGUCCUUCUGUGCCACUCAUCACUUCCUACAGUGACAUCGUGCCAGGCUGUGAACUGCCUGGGGACAAGGAUGAGUGAGAAGGCCAUGAGCAACUGGAACCCAGGUAGCUGGGUGCUAGCACUGUGUCUGGCCUGGCUGUGGACCCGCCUGGCCUCAGCAUCCUUGCAGCCUCCAGCUGCCACAGUUCUUGUGAAGCAGGGCAGCUGCGAGGUAAUUGCUGCUCACCGCUGCUGCAAUCGGAACCGCAUUGAAGAGCGCUCCCAGACUGUCAAAUGCUCUUGCUUUUCUGGCCAGGUGGCCGGCACCACACGGGCAAAGCCCUCCUGCGUGGAUGCCUCCAUCGUCCUGCAGAAGUGGUGGUGUCAGAUGGAGCCCUGUCUGCCAGAGGAGGAGUGUAAGGUGCUCCCAGACCUGUCAGGGUGGAGCUGCAGUAGUGGACACAAGGUCAAAACCACGAAGGUCACACGAUAACUCUUGGGAGUCAUGGCUUGGGCAGGACAGCCUUGAUUGAGCUCUGGACUGAAGAAUGGUAUCUGGUCACCAGUCCACAAAUAUGAGGAAUCACUUACCUGGAUAUGUGUCCCAUGUCCACUCCAGCAUCAGACCUGCCAGGGCCAUGUCAAUCACGCUGCUCAGUAGAUAUGGCCAGAUUUGUAGCCACAUACCUAAAGACCUGUGCUGUCCUGGGAACAGAAGUCAACACACAGUUUCUAUCCUUACGGAAUAUCCAGUCAAGCUGGGGACAGAUAUUUUAGAUAGUUUAAAUUGUGCAGCACAAUAGUCUCUGAUCUACCAACUGUGAGCAUGGUAAGGGGUUAGAAAUGAGAUUGUCAUCAAUACUUUCCCAUCAUGUCCUUCCUGCCAGUCCUGUAUUCCCAGCAAGCUGCUAAGAUAUUGAAGGAAAAUACUGUCCCCUGACAUCAGGCUGGUGGGAUCUCUCUCAGAUUAAAUUGGUCUGAUUUAGGGAAGGAAAACAGAGAUGAAGUCCAAUGAAUCUCCAACAGGGUGUGGCUUGCACCCUUCAAUGGCUAUGGGAUGGACAGGUCCUUAGAAUUACCCCACCCCAGCACCUAGGUAUUUGUUUGCUUGGUUUUUUUUUUAACAUUAACUUUGAAAAAGAAAUUUAGUUUUA